AUGGCGCCAUCGGGUCGGUCCUCAGAUCUGCUCUUUCCUGCGAGCAGACUGUGGCAGCAGUCUUGCGCAGGACUCCCGCGCGCGAGACUGGCCUCCAGCUACAGUGCGGCAACCGCCAUACCUGACCUGCAAUGGGCGCAGGUUCUAGAGAAGAAAGGUGGUCCCGUCGUCUAUAAACAGAUUCCAGUGCCCAAACCGGGGCCCGACGAGGUGUUGAUCAAUAUCAAGUACAGUGGCGUCUGUCAUACCGACCUGCACGCUUUGCGGGGCGACUGGCCACUGCCGUCCAAGAUGCCUCUCAUCGGUGGGCACGAGGGAGCGGGCGUGGUGGUGGCCAGAGGUGAGCUCGUUAGAGAUAUCGAGGUGGGCGAUUAUGCAGGUAUCAAGUGGCUGAACGGCUCCUGCAUGAGCUGUGAGCAUUGCCGCCAGUCCGACGAGUCACUCUGCGACCACGCGAGCCUGUCUGGAUACACGGUCGACGGGAGCUUCCAGCAGUACGCCAUCGGCAAGGCCGCGCACGUCGCACGGAUUCCCAAGGACUGUGAUCUCGAGGCCGUCGCCCCUAUUCUCUGCGCGGGGCUGACGGUGUACAAGGCCCUCAAGGAGUCAGAUGCGCGGCCCGGCCAGCACGUCGCCAUCGCCGGUGCUGGCGGCGGCCUGGGUGUCUUUGCCCUGCAGUACGCCGCAGCGAUGGGCCUUCAUCCUAUCGCCAUCGAUGCCGGCGAGGAGAAGCGCCAGGUGUGUCUCGACCUCGGUGCCGAGGCAUACAUCGACUUCCUCCAGUCCAAAGACAUCGUCGAGGACGUGAGGAAGGCAACCGAUGGCUCCGGCCCCAAUGCAGUCCUGCUGCUUGCCGCAAGCGAGAAACCCUUCGAGCAGGCUAGUAGAUAUGUGAGGAGCAAGGGAACCAUUGUCUGCGUGGGGCUGCCGGCCGACGCCUUUAUCAAAGCGCCCGUAUUCGACACUGUUGUGAGAGAGAUUAGGGUCAAGGGUAGCUAUGUGGGCAAUCGCCAGGACACGGCAGAAGCAAUUGAUUUCUUUAGGCGUGGUCUGAUCAAGGCACCAUACAAGACGGUGGGGCUAUCGAAGCUGCAGGAUGUAUAUGACAUGAUGCUCGAGGGCAGGAUCACCGGUCGAUAUAUUGUUGAUACGAGCAAGUAG